AUGAUCAAGGACCGUAGCAUCGAUGCGCUGGUCAACGAAUGCUUGAUCGGCCCCGUGCUGUCCAUGGGCGCUACGUUUAUCGCAUAUGCGUGCGCACUACUAGCCUACCUCUACCUCAUCUUCACGUCGCCGGCAUACAACGCUGACGGCGGGUACACGCCAGUCGUGGUUGCUUUUGCGUUUGUGAUUGGGCUGCAAAUCUGCAAAAUCUUCACGACGCCGUUGAGCAGUGGCAUCGACACGGUCUUCGUGGCCAUGGCAUGGGACCCGGAGGUCCUUAUGCGCGAGCAUCCCGAUCUCUACCACAGCAUGGUGGCUGUGUACCCACAGGUCCAGCAGGCCAUCCACGCCUAG